CGCCCUCUCCCUCUCCCUCUCCCUCUCACUCCCCCUUCCCCACUCCUCUCCACGACAUGCCCUCGAAGUGCAAGGACGCCCCACGCGGCUGGGAAGGCGGCGACAUCAAGGCAGAGAUGCAGGGUAAUCUGAACGGGGAUAUCGACCGUCGGUCGCACGGCAACCAGAAGCGCAUGCGCUACGCUCCGCACUGCUAUGCCUCCGACAUUGUCCUCGGGACUGGCCAUGUGCUUGUGGGGUGGCCGCAGGACGUCCCGUUCACGGACCUCAGCUCGGUCGGCGGCGGCCUCGAUACGCUCCGCGAGAUCCGUCGGCGGUGGUACCUGCCUGACGGGGACCCCGAGAAGCUGCGCUUCGAGCCCGCCUCGCGCAAGGACUACGCCAACGCCGCGCGCGACCCCGAGAGCGUCCAUCCGACGCCCCAGCACCUCCCGGAGCUCAAGGCUCGAGCUGCCGCUGCCAAGGCAAAGGCCAAAGCCCUCCCGGUCGAGUCCGACGUCUUCCGCUCACGCGACAUGCGACGGGUUGGCCGCCAAUCAACGUCGACGAUGCCAGAGCCCAAGGUGCAGUCGCAGCAGCGGCAGGACACGAAGAAGCGGCGCGCACGCGCAUCGGACAUGGAGACGCGGGUGCGGAAGAAGCGGCAGACGACGGGGGUCACAAGCAUGCCGUGCGUACUGCAACGAGCGGACGAGGUGAGCGGCGGCGGCGAUGGUGAGCAGGGUUUUGAGGAGGCGCACGCACUGGACGACGAUAUCACCGACCCCGAUUUCAAACUGACACGCUCCUUCGGCGGCGAGCUCUCUGACGACCCGAUCGAGGACGCAUCGGACAGCGAGUGGGAGCCUGAGACGGCUGGAGCGGAUUAGGUAUGGGAGCGGCGGCAUGGCAGGUUCAGGCGGAUUGACAGAUUCCGAAUUGCACUCGAUUAGCGUAUCUACGUAUAAUUUCCGCUAUCUAAUCGAUGUGGGAGCGCAGAAGACGUCGGGGAGGUGGCGAGUCGGGCGCAGUGGUUGUGGAGAAGCAAGAGAUCGGCCGGGCGAAGUCCGCGCGUGCGAGCGCUCUGAACCACGCUACCUACCAAAUUGGGCAUGCCUGGCCAAUUUCAACU